AUGGCGCGGGCGAGCGGCGCGGCGGCCCCGGAGCGCGCGGGGGGCGCGGCGCGGGCCGAGCCGUGGGAGCUGUCCCUGGAGGAGGUGCUGAAGGUGUACGAGCAGCCCAUCAACGAGGAGCAGGCCUGGGCCGUGUGCUUCCAGGGCUGCCGCGGGCUGCGGGGAGCGCCGGGAGGGCGGCGCAUCCGCGACACGGCGGACAUCCUGCUGCGCAGGGACGGCUCGGUGGGCGCGCGGCGGGAGCCAGAGCCCACAACCUUGGUGGUGCCGCCGGCCAGCUCAGAAGCUCAGAUGGUGCAGUCCCUGGGCUUCGCCAUCUACCGCGCGCUGGACUGGGGCCUGGACGAGAGCGAGGAGCGCGAGCUCAGCCCGCAGCUGGAGCGGCUCAUCGACCUCAUGGCCAACAGCGACCACGAUGACGGCGGCGGCUGUGGGGCUGCGGACGAGGGUUACGGGGCCCCCGAGGAGGAGGAGGAGCCCGAGGGCGGCCCCCGGGCCGUGCGCACCUUCGCCCAGGCCAUGCGGCUGUGUGCCGCUCGCCUCACCGAGCCCCAGGGUGCGCAGGCGCACUACCAGGCCGUGUGCCGCGCCCUCUUCGUGGAGACCCUUGAGCUCCGCGCCUUCCUGGCCCGAGUCCGAGAGGCCAAGGAGAUGCUGCAGAGGCUGGGGGAGGAUGAGCCACAGAUACAGAAGCCACGAGCUGAGCUUGACAACCUUGGACACACAGACUGGGCCCGGUUGUGGGUGCAGCUCAUGAGGGAGCUGCGCCAUGGGGUGAAGCUCAAGAAGGUGCAGGAGCAAGAGUUCAACCCCCUGCCUACCGAGUUCCAGCUUACACCCUUCGAGAUGCUGAUGCAGGACAUCCGCGCCAGGAACUACAAGCUGCGCAAGGUCAUGGUGGAUGGGGACAUCCCUCCCAGAGUGAAGAAGGACGCACAUGAGCUCAUCCUGGACUUCAUCCGCUCCAGGCCUCCCCUGAAACAGGUCUCUGAGCGCCGGCUUCGCCCACUGCCACAGCAGCAAAGGACCCUGCACGAGAGGAUUCUGGAGGAGAUCAAGCAAGAGCACAAGCUGCGGCCCGUGGGGACCCAGCGCAUAGGCAUCCGUGGCUUUGGCUCUCUGCCUUGCAUCCUCAACGCCUGCUCUGGGGACAUCAGGUCCACUUCCUGUAUCGAUCUGUCUGUCACGGACGUCGGGAGUGGCACUCAGCGCCCACGGCCCCGGGUCCUGCUGAAGGCACCCACACUGGCUGAGCUGGAGGAGAUGAACACCUCUGAGGAGGAAGAGUCUCCAUGUGGGGAGGUGACACUGAAACGGGAUCGCUCCUUCUCAGAGCACGACCUGGCCCAGCUCCGGAGCGAGGCAGCCUCUGCCCUGCAGCCAGCUGCUCCGCCCCAGGAAGGAACAGGACUGCCUCGGCCCCGGGCAGGCAGCAUGCACACCUGGAGGCCCAGUGCCUGGGACCAGGGCUCCUGUCCUGCGGUUGUCCAGCCCCAGCCGGACCCCGGUGCCCCUGUGCUCAGCAGUCUGAGCUCUGCAGGCAGACCUGAGGGCUCUGUGCCAGACCCCAGGCACCUGUGGCUGGAUUUCAGCCAUCCGGUAGAGAGCCUGGCCCUGACUGUGGAGGAGGUGGUGGAUGUGCGCCGUGUGCUGGUGAAAGCUGAGAUGGAAAAAUUCAUCCAGGACCAGGAGCUCUUCAGCAGCCUGAAGCGGGGAAAGGUCUGCUGCUGCUGCCGGGCCCGGUUCUCGCUGUUCUCCUGGCCACCCACUUGUCUCUUCUGCAAGAGAGCCGUCUGCACUUCCUGUAGCGUAAAGAUGAAGAUGCCUUCUAAGAAGUGUGCACACAUCCCCGUCUACACUCUGGGCUUUGAGAGUCCUCAGAGGACACCCAUGGCCAAGGCCACGCCAACGCAGAGGAGAGAGGUCUUCCAGUCUCUACAGGGGCCAAGGUGGCGAAGCGUGGAGGAGGAGUUCCCGCACAUCUAUGCACAUGGUUGCAUCCUUAAGGACGUCUGCAGUGACUGCACCAGCUUCGUGGCUGAUGUCGUGCGCUCUAGCCGCAGGAGUGUGGACGCCCUUAAUGCCACACCACACCGCAGCCGCCAGACCCAGUCACUCUACCUCCCUGACACCAAGACUCUGGACUUCAAGUGAUGACAGCCCAAGGCAGCCAGCCCUGAACUGCGCAUGUACAUAUAUACAUAGACGGACGCCUUUAUAUAAUAUAUGCACACAGCUUAUAUAUUUAUACAUGUUUUCUGGCCCCGCUGUUCAUUUGGGGCCAGUUCCACUGCAGGACCCUCCCCGGGGAGGCUGUUCCCUCUCAGGACUCCUUGGGGUGGGGCCAGGGGAUGUUUCUCCCUGAAGAGGGAGGGCAGGGGAUUCCAGAUCCUGAAUCUCCAGCAGACUCCCCUGCCCAGGCCCCAGUUCUUUCCUGCACAGGUAGCCCCACAAGGCAGCUUCUCCUUCCUGGGUUGGAGUCCAGGUUAGGAUGGGGAACCUGCCUGCCUCUGCCUUCUGAUAAAGGCCUAAGAUACCUGGAAGCCACUGGGUGGGUGGGACCCUCUAGGAAGUGUCCCAGGCACCCCAUGUCUCAAUGUGGAAAGCCAGAGGCCAAGCUUGGCCCUGCCCCUGCCCAGCACCCAUCCCUGCCACUUUGCCCCUCCAGCCCCUCCCACACACUGGUGCUAUCCUCCUCACCUGCUCCUGCCCAAGGGCCUGGGGAUGCUGGAUGGUCCUGGCAUAGCUCUGUAACAUUGUGCUGUGGCCAUGGGAACCUAAUAAAGAUUAUCUCACAGUGGCCAUCUGGGGACAUAGCUGUGUGGGAGGCUGAGGCAGGUGGAUCACAAGUUUUCAGAGGCUGCAUCUCCGCUCUGAGGGGCCACCUGCCUUCCAGGGCCAGAAAAGACCUCUCUAGUGCUGCUGUCAGGGUACCCCCAUCACAGGACAUGGCAUCCAGGCCCCAGGAGGGUGGCAAGUUUGAGGCCUGUCUGGACAACUUACCAAGACCUUGUUUCAAAAUAAAACUAAAAGAAGGGUUUGGGAUGUAGCUCAGCAGUGGAGCACUUGCUUGGCCCAGAGGAGACCCUGAGUUCCAGCUCCAGCAACACACAGAAAAGCCCUGCCCAAGGGGCCAGGGAUGUAGCUCAGUGGUUUUGCUGCCUGCUGCACAAGUGCAAGGACCCAAGUUCAAUCCCCGGUACCAAUAAAACCCCAAGAAAUAAAAGCCCUGCCCAGCUUCUCUGCCAACUCUGUGGCCCUGGUCACGGUGGUAGGGGCUGCAUGCAGAACAGCUCGGGACGCUGCCUGUCAACUCUGGCUGUGCUUCUGGCCAGGGUCCCUUUCUUAUUUCUCAGCCCCCUAGUCCUGUUCUUCAGGGAGAUGACCCCCGCUGGAGUUCCCAGAAGGCUGUAGGCUGUGGGUAGGCCCAGCACUAAGCACUCUGCUGGCUCGGGUACAAGGGGUGCUCUGUCAUCACUCCCCUUAGCAGAUGAGGAAACCAAGGCUCAGUACAGUGUGGGGAUUUGGCAAUUCAUUCCAGGAUGUCAACUCCAGACUGCACUGCCUGCCCCAGGGCUGGUGGAGGCCCAGAAGGGACAAGGCUUGUAACAAACAGCAGGGUUUGUGGGAAAGAAUACUCUUAGCACCUCGAGUCCAGGACAUGCAAAUACACAACAUUAGAGCAGCCAAUAAAAGUAUCCAGCUCCCACUA